AUGUCAUGUCAAAGGAGCGGGAAAAUGGGAAUUUGGAGCUUGAUGAAUUUCGGCAAAGAAACUGUGAAGAAGAUAUGUGAAAUUUCCUACGGUUACAGCACGGCGGCCGUCCGAAAGAUUAACGACGUCGUUAGAGUUAAAGGUCUCAAAAAACUUGGUGAGUACAUGGCGGAUGAUGAAGGACGUGCUAAGAUGGUUUAUUUCAGUGCAAAAUUCGUCAAAAAGGCUACUCUUUAUGCCUUGGAGGAAGCAGCCAAUAUCUUAAUUCCUGCUGUAUUUUCAUGUGUAUACAAAUGGAAGACAUUUACCAAAAUUUUAUCUGAAACAGUUCGUGAAAUCGAAAUUGAAUCUCGAGAUAAUACCACUGAUAGUGUCACGACAGAGAUGCUGAAGUUGAAUUCUGAAAACAGAGUUGAGGUUAAUUCAUUUGCAUAUCAAACACCUGAAGAUGUCCUGAGAUUCUUCAUGAUGAUGAAAUUUAUGAAAACGCGUUAUCUCGACUCUUUGUUGGUUUCUGAUCAUAGAAGACGGAAGGUAUAA